AUGACGGGGAAACGACCACAUGAGUCGCCGGACGAAGAUGAUGGGGCCAAGCGCCAGCGUGCAGCGGAUGGGUCGCCGAUGCCCGUGUCCGAUUUGGAGAGCAAGAAAGCAGCCACGGCCGCGAAGAUUGCAGCGCUGAAGGCGAAAAUGGCCGUGAAGAAGCCUGGAAAUGCCCCACCGCUUGCCGCUCCUGCAGCUCCGAUGGAUGAUGUGGCUGCUAAGAAGGCGGAGACGCAACGGAAGAUCGACGAGUUCAAGGCGAAGAUGGCAGCGAAACAGCAGGCCGCACCACCUCCGCCGCGAGAACCGUCGGAGCAGGAGCGCUGGCGGGCGGAGGCCGUGGCCAAGGCAGCGGAACUGGCCAAAAGUCGGAAUACCACCACCACGCCCACUCCCGCUCCCGUAGCACCUGCGCCGCCGCCUCGACAGGAUGGGCGUGGUGCUCGUGGUGGGUUGGGCAUCGGCCUCCAUCCAUCGCUCGUCGGGAGCGAUCCUACAGGAAGCCGUGGUGCACAACAGCAAGGUCCGAAGUUCAGCACGACCAAAGGCAACCAACRGCCCGACAAACCGCGAAUCAACCCAUACACCGUGUGGGAGGAUGAUCCAACGACGGCGCCCGAUGCCUCUGCCAAUCCGACUCAUCAGCCCACCGGUCGCAAGUAUGAGCAGCGCAAAAGCAAGCCGCUGGUGUUCAGUGAGAAGGGCAAGUACAUCAAGCAGGCCGCUGCCUUGCGUACGCAAGCCGCUUUGGAGGAGAUGAAGCGCCGCAUGGCUGCUGAAUCACGCAGCAAAGAAAUAGAGGAAGCCAGUGACAAGGCGUUCCUCGUCCCUGCCCCUCCUGAUAUUGAAUGGUGGGACGAGGGMUUACUCGCGCAGCCCUCGUAUGAGAACUGGGAUGCACCUGACCGCAACAAAAUCACAUCGGAAGACAGCAUCAUCACCGUCCUGAUUCAGCAUCCUGUCAUGCUCGCCCCGCCUCAGGAAAAGUUUAUGCCUGAGCCGAAGCCACUUAUGCUGACUGUCAAGGAGCAGAAGAAGCUCCGUCGGCAACGCCGCAUGGCAGAGAUGAAGGAGGAACAGGCCAAGAUUCGUCUCGGACUCGUCGAGCCUCCGCCCCCCAAGGUCAAGAAAAGCAACAUGAUGCGAGUUUUGGGUGAACAAGCCGUGAAAGAUCCCACAGCCGUUGAAGCGCGUGUAAACCGAGAAAUUGCACAACGCGCGCAUGAUCACGAGCAGGCGAACGCRGAACGCGCACUUACGCACGAAGAAAAACUUGCGAAGCUCGCGAGGCAACAGGCGGGAGACGAGGCAWAGGGCAUCAAGAUUGUGGUCUUCCGCGUCGAUGAUCUCAGCUCCGGGAAGCACAGAUACCAAGUCGAUGUCAACGCAAAGCAGUCACUCUUGACCGGGAUUGUGAUCCUGAAUCCCGACAUGAAUCUGAUCAUCGUUGAAGGUGGCGCGCAUUCCAUCAAGGCGUAUAAGAAGUUGAUGCUAAACAGGGUGAAGUGGACGGAGAACACGCCUCCUGUGGAUAAUUCUGGUGGAGGCACGACCUUUGUGGGAACUACCGAUGGAAGUAAUGCCAAUGCUACGUUGGGGACGCGGGGAAGUGGAAGCAAAGCAGCGGAAUGGUGUCACCCGCUGGAUCAGAGAGGCGAACUGAAAGACCUCAGUGAGAAUCGGUGCGUGCUCGUCUGGGAGGGUGAGGCAGGGCAAAGAGCUUUCAAGAGGUGGGGAAGUCGGGCUUGCGAGACUGAUGGAGAGGCGAAGGAUGUGCUAUCACGGACAAAGAUGGAGAACAUGUGGACCUUGGCGAGGAGCAAGUGA